GCCAUCGCCAGUUUCAAGUUCUCAUCUGGAGAUUUCUUGAGCCUUCGUCCAUCCUCGGCAUCUCUGCCUCCACGCCACCGGGGGAAUUACCCCCGUACGGGGAAAUGCCGAGGUUCGUUUGGCGUCGCAUGGAGCAAGUCAACCGUCAUCCACUCAGCGUCCGUCCGAGACCCGCAGGCGUUGCAUAAGUGUUGAUUAUCACGGACUAUCCGGACCUCUUCAUUCAUCCUUUUUUUCUUCGUCUUCUUCUUCCUUUUCAUUCCUUCGUUGUCGCCGACUUCCUUUGACCCCCCUAUCUCCACUCUGUCCACGUCCCCGACCCCCUUUUCUUUUUAUCUUGAAUCCUGUCGGACUCAGGACGACUUGCCAUCCUCAUUCAUCUGGAGACUUGUGUUGUUGGAACAUAGACGCCGCGAUUAUGCUUUUCGCUCAACAACCAUCGCACCUCGCUCGUGCGAACGAACUGAGGCAAGAGCCCCCUCAAGGGGCUCCGUACUCCGUCGCCUUGCCGGGAACCGAAAAGCCCGGCCGGAGCAAAAUCUAUCGCGCCCAUACCGCCCAGAAGGAACUCGUGAAGACGUUGGACCCGCAGGUCCUUACCGCACAUGAUGCAUUCGAAUCAACCGCCCGCCGUGUUCCGAAAAACCAUUGUCUUGGAUGGCGCCCAUACAAUCACGAAACUAAGACGUUCGGCUCGUACCAGUGGAUUGACUAUCAGACAGUCCAGCAGCGGCGGACGACCUUUGGUGCCGGUCUGGUGGAAUUACAUAUGAAGCAUGACUGCCACCGUCCCGGCCAGUAUGGUGUUGGUCUGUGGUGUCAAAACCGCCCCGAAUGGCAGAUCACCGAUCUCGCGUGUAUGUCCCAAAGUCUCUAUUCUGUUUCUAUCUACGAUGUGCUAGCACCGGAUGCUACCGAGUACAUCAUCAACCACGCGGAGCUUUACUGCGUCGUGACCUCGCUGCCACAUAUCCCCACCUUGCUCAAGCUGAAGCCUCUGCUGCCCAAUCUGAAGAUGAUUGUCAGUCUGGAUCCGCUGGACGCUGGCGAACAGGCGGGUCAUUCGAAGCGGGCUCUUCUCGAGUCGGUGGCUGCCGGACAAGAUGUUUCGAUCUAUACGAUGGACCAGGUUGAAGAGUUGGGCGCUUCCGCCAAUCGUCCCUGCAACUCGCCCUCGCCUUCGGACAUUGUCACCAUCAACUACACCUCUGGAACGACCGGCCCUCCCAAGGGUGUGGUUUUGACACACGAGAACGCCGUGGCCGCCACUACGGGUGCUCUGGUCACAAUCGAACAAGCCAAAGGUGACACGAUGGCAUCUUAUCUUCCGCUCGCUCACAUCUACGCACGUUUGUCGGAGCAUGCGGCUUUCUGGGCGGGCGCUCGGAUUGGAUACUUUCAUGGCAAUAUUGUGGAGCUGGUCGACGAUCUGAAGAUACUGAAACCCACGGGGUUCAUGUCCGUCCCGCGUCUGUACAGUCGUUUCGGAAACGCAAUCCGUGCUUCGACCACCGAACAGCCCGGCUUCAAGGGUGCGCUCUCGCGACACAUCGUCGCGACGAAGACGGCCAACCUGAAAACCCCCGACCCUUCCAAAUCCUCUGUGCACCACGCUCUGUACGAUCGCAUCUGGGCAAAGAAGGUUGCUAGCGCUUUGGGCUUGGAACGCACGAGAACCAUGGUGUCCGGCUCGGCGCCGCUGGAUCCCUCGCUGCACGACUUCUUGCGAGUCGCUCUCGGGGUGAAUUUCGUCCAGGGCUACGGUCUCACCGAAACCUAUGCCAUGGCUUGCGCUCAGUCCCCCCAUGAUCUUACAGCCGGAAACUGUGGCCGUCUCGCUCCCUGCACGGAGGCUUGCUUGGCCUCUCUGCCCGACAUGGAUUACUCCGUCGAUGACAAGCCGUACCCUCGGGGCGAACUGCUCCUCCGGGGCCCUAAUGUUUUCCGCGAGUAUUUCAAGAACCCGGAGGAGACCGCCAAGGCGAUCACGGAAGACGGGUGGUUCCAAACCGGUGACGUUUGCACCAUCGAUGACAAGGGCCGCAUCGUCAUCAUCGAUCGCCGGAAGAACGUUCUGAAGCUGGCCCAGGGAGAGUACAUUUCACCGGAGCGUCUGGAAGGUGUCUACCUAUCCGAGCUGGGGUACUUUGCCCAGGGGUAUAUCCAUGGCGAAAGCGUCCAGACGUUUUUGGUGGGCAUCUUCGGGGUCCAGCCCGAUAUGUUCGCCCCCUUUGCCAGUAAAGUGCUCGGUCGGACCAUCAACGAGGCCGACAUCAAAUCUGUUCUGGACAACGAGAAGAUUCGGGCAGCCGUGCUGAAGGAUCUUGAGCGGGUGGCGAAGAAGCAUAAGCUGGCCGGAUAUGAACGGGUCAAGAACUGUGCCUUGAUGCUCGACCCGUUCACCGUGGAAAACAACCUGUUGACGCCAACCCUCAAGCUGAAGCGCCCUCCCACUGCAAAGCAGUACCGCACACUCCUGAAUGACCUCUACGCCCAGGCGACGGCGGAGCAGUCUACUCCUCGGGCCAAACUGUAGAUCGGAGAUGUUUCCCCUAUAUAUUUAUAUAUUUACAUAUUUCUUCCUGUUAUUUUAUUGGUUUGAGUUACUAGAUAUUGAUGGGGAAGAUGAGGUUCACUUUGACAGGCCAUGUACAUAUCUACUACCGUUGAGCGGGAGACAUCGCGAGAACGCUGGAUCAU